CGGCGUCAAAACGGCCGUCAUGAGGGGGUACCGCCGGUCGGCAGAGAAUUCCCAAAUCCCAAACCCUUCCCCCCUCUCCCGUCUCCCCACCAACCAUAAUAAAAUCUCCCAUCUGCCCCACCCCCAAUCCACUCUCCCUUCUUUCGUAACCCACCGCCGCCGCCGACGCCGACGCCGCCGACUCCUCAGAUCUCCAUGGAGGACGAGGAAGAUCAGCCACGCUCGCCGUCCCCCUACUCCUCCCGAUCCCCUUCCCCUUCCCCUUCCCCCUCCCCUCCUCCCAUCACCAUCGUUGCUCCCUCCUCCGCCGCCGCCGCCGCCGCCGCCGCAGCUGUCCAACCCCCGCCCCUGCCCCCCAACGGCCGCCACCUCUCCGACCCCGUCACCAUCGCCGCCGCCGCCCCCCACCCCCACGCCCACCCCGCGCACCAAACCCUAACCCUCGCCCUCCCCAUCCAGCAUCCCCGCCCCUCCCCCUCCCCGUCCACCUACCACCAACACCAACAAGGCCCCUCAUCCGGCGGCGGGGGCGGCGGCCGCGAGGACUGCUGGAGCGAGGGCGCGACAUCCACCCUGAUCGACGCGUGGGGCGAGCGCUACCUGGAGCUGAGCCGCGGUAACCUCAAGCAGAAGCACUGGCAGGAGGUGGCCGACGCCGUCACCAGCCGCGACGGCUACACCAAGACCCCAAAGACCGACGUCCAGUGCAAGAACCGCAUCGACACCCUCAAGAAGAAGUACAAGAUCGAGAAGUCCAAGCCCUCCACCUCCUGGCCCUUCUUCUCCCGCCUCGACCUCCUCCUCGGCCCCAACCAAAAGACCCCCAACCCCAACCCUAACCCUAGUGCUAAUAAUAAUAAUAAUAAUAAUAAUAAUAAUAAUUCCAAUAAUAAUAAUAAUCCCUCCUCCUCCUCCUCCAAGAUCCCGUCCGGCGUCCCGAUCCGGCCGCCCGUCCACCCCCAAUUCCCCCAGCGCCACCGCACCCCCCACCUCUACCACAACCCCCACCCCGCCGGCACUAAGAAGCAGCCCCAGCUGUCCCCGCCCUCCAUCUCGUCCGAGAUGUCGGCCGAGUCCUCCGACGGCUUUCCCCCAGAAACUGCGGCCAACGGGGGUAAGAAGAGGCGAAGAGUAGAGGCGGAGGCGGACGAGGAGGAGGAGGAGGAGGAGGAGGAGGAGGAGGAGGAAGAGGACGCGGCGAGGACUGCGGGGCUCAGGGAAUUGACCAGGGCGAUCCUCCGAUUCGGGGAGGUGUACGAGAAGGUGGAGAGCUCCAAGCUGCGGCAGGCGAUGGAGCUGGAGAAGCAGAGGCUGGCGUUCGCGAGGGAGCUCGAGCUCCAGAGGAUGCAGUUCUUCAUGAAGACCCAGAUGGAGCUUUCCCAGCUGACGCAACACCACGGCAGCGGCGGCGGCGGCGGCGGGACUAGUACUAGUACUAGGAGGAGGGCGAGCGGUGCCGGCCCGAGCAGCAACCACCACCACCACCACCUCCACCACAAGAACAACAGCAGCAACACCCACAAUACAGGGUAGGGGAGCAAGAAGGGAAGUCCAAUGCCUUUCUCCUUCUAGAGUAAGAUCCUUGCAUCCUAUGUUUGAAUCUAUAGGCCAUUUAAUUUGUAGGAUCUCUAACUUUGCCGCAAGAGACUUGAGCAAAGCUUACUAGUAUUAGCUGUAUCAGUGAGUGGAAUUUAUUGGUAUUAUUGUUGUGUGAUGAUAAUCCUUUGUGUUUACUGCUUCAUCAUUAUGUGAAAAAAACUGGAGGCUGUUUUAAUA